AUGAGAGUUGGCCUAAUCCGAGGAGGCCGAAGGCUCUUGAAUGUCGCAAACUUUGGAGGAGAAAGUGCAAAUUACCUGGAACAUCUCUACCAAGUCUACAGACAAAGCCCCGAACAGCUACAGCCGUCAUGGAAAAAGUACUUUGAGCUACUCGAUCAAGACAAGAACUACACGCUAGAAGCAAUCGCCAGAGAAAGACCUGGACUCGCAUCAACUCAGCCCGGAGCUGGAGUCGGCGGAAACGCCUCCACCUCACAGGCCGUCAGUAUUCUCGAUCAACUCGGUCAAGGUAAUGUAAAUACUGACGUGUUACGUCUCUCGGAGCUUGCAGCUGCCUAUCGCACAUUUGGUCACUUGUUGACGAGUCUCGAUCCUCUUGAGCUUCCGCGCAAGCCUCCAUUUCACAAGGCUCAGGUGCCAAACAUUCAUGAAAGGCUAUCUCCCGAAAGCUUUGGGUUUUCAGCCUCUUCUCUUGCUGCCAGCAUACCAAAACUGGACAUUCCAGGAUAUAUAGGUUCAUCCAGUACUAUAGGAGAAUGUAUAGAAAAGUAUAAAAAGGCGUAUUGUGGCUCCAUCGGAUUUGAAUUUUCACACAUACCCUCACCAGAAGUUCAGAACUUUUUCAUUUCAAAAAUAGAAGAUGACGACUUUUUAAAGUUCUCAAGAGAUGAACAUUUGCAGUUUUUUAAGGGUGUCUACAACGGCGUCCGCUGGGAGAAAUUUUGCAUAAAAGCAUUUCCCACCAUAAAGAGGUUUGGACUUGAUGGCUUAGAGGGAAUGCUAGUUUUAUUUGAUGUUUUUGAAGAGUCUGCAAGCAAAUUUGGCGUCAAGAAGUUUAUGAUGGCCAUGGCACAUAGAGGAAGACUUAACGUCCUGGCAAAUGUCAUGAAUAAACCUCUACAUGAUAUAUUCGCUGAAUUCAGAGGUAAAAACUGGUUUGUAUCUCCACUAUUUAGAUCUGGAGAUGUAAAGUAUCACUUUGGUCAUGUUACUAAAAAGGGAGAUUUGGAACUCGAACUAUUGCACAAUCCUUCCCAUCUGCAAUAUGUACAUCCUGUUCUUGCUGGGAAGGUUUGUGCAAACCAGUUUGAACUUGGACCUGAUGGUAAAUCACAAGUUGUCCCAAUUGUGGUCCAUGGAGAUGCUGCGUUUUCAGGCGAAGGUAUUGUAUAUGAAACACUACAAAUGGGUUAUAUCCCAGGUUACUCCAUAGGUGGAACUAUCCAUAUCAUUGCUAAUAAUCAGAUUGGGUUCACCGCUUCUCCAGAAGAAGGAUCGUCUUGCAGAUAUCCCACAGAUGUUGCCAAAAUGAUGGAGUCUCCAAUUAUCCAUGUCAAUUCAACAUCCAUUGAGGCUAUAGCAUUUGCUGGAAGAUUGGCCUUUGAAUAUAGAGCCAAGUUCCAUAAGGACAUUUACAUAAAUGUUGUAGGAUUCCGUCGCUUUGGUCAUAAUGAGCUAGACAUGCCAAAGUUUACGAAUGCAGAAAUGUAUAGCAAAGUGGAUAAGACAGCAGAUAUAUUGGAUACUUACAGAAAACAUUUGCUCAAAAAUAACUUGUUGGACGAAGAGACUAUAGUUGCUACUGAAAAACAGCUAGAAAAGAGAUUUGAAGAAGCUCUGCAAAAGUCCACACAGGUAAAAGAAAUCGACUUUCUCAAAGUUCCAAAAAAAUGGGAGAAAAUGUACCAGGGUUUCUCACAUGACAGUCCUUAUGGUGCACUCAAUGGUGAGGAGAAACAUGUAGAAACAGGUUUACCAUAUGAUGUUCUACUUCGUCACGCUAAGAUGACAUCGGAAAUUCCUUCUCAUAUUCAACCGCAUACUUCGAUUAAACGUAUUUUUGAGACGCGUGUUAAAGCAGCCAAUGGAUCUCCGGAAAUAGAUUAUGGAUUUGCAGAAAUUAUAGCAUACUCCACGCUCGCUUCUGAGGGAUUCCAGAUUCGUCUCUCUGGUCAGGAUUCGAGAAGAGGUACCUUCUCUCAUAGACAUGCCUUUGUACAAUGUCAAAAGAGCUUUGAGUAUCACAACGUUUUCAAAAAUCAUGAAAACGCUGACCGGAUUGCUGUAUAUAAUUCCCUAUUGAAUGAAAUGGCUGCCCUUGGAUUUGAAUAUGGAUAUGCUCUGCAGUCUCCAUCAAUCUUGACUAUUUGGGAGGCUCAGUUUGGAGAUUUUGCAAAUAUCGCUCAGGUCAUUGCAGAUGAAUUUGUAGUUUCCGGAGAAACCAAGUGGGAUCAGCAAAAUGGAGUGGUCAUGUUCCUUCCUCAUGGAUAUGAUGGCCAAGGUCCUGACCACAGUUCCGCAAGAAUUGAGAGGUACCUCCAGCUAAGUAGUGAGAGGGAAGAUUUUGAGGGUCUCUGGGAUAUGUCAGACGAUAAAAUUUCUCGUCUUGUAAAUGUAUCAAUCGUAAAUUGCACUACUGCUGACAAUUUGUUCCACGUUCUUAGACGUCAGGUUCAUAGGGACUAUAGAAAACCUCUAAUUGCAAUUACUGGAAAACGUAUGUUGAAAUUCAGAGGCUGCUUCUGUUCACUCUCUGAUUUGCAGACUGGCACCAAGUUUAAAAGGUACAUUCCAGACAAGGAAGCUGAGAAUGUACACACUCUCUUGUUAUGCUCUGGACAAGUGUACUAUGACUUGUUGGAAAAGAGAGACACAACCGGAGUUAAAGGGUUUGCAAUUGCAAGGGUAGAGGAAUUGACACCAUUCCCAUUCAAAGAAGUUAUACAAGACUUGGGUAGAUACAAAAAUCUCAAGGCCAUCAAAUGGUGCCAAGAGGAACCAAUGAAUGCGGGACCAUGGAGCUUUGUUGUACCAAGAAUGCAGGCGAUCUUCAAAAGGAUUGGAAGAACAUUUGAUAUGAAAUAUGUUGGAAGAGUCCCCUGCGCAGCUCCAAGUGUGGGCGACUCUCGACUUCAUAACCUAGAGCUUGCGAAGUAUCUCAAUGAAGCCUUUGACUUGUAG